GCGGUCCGACUUUUUUUCAGCCCUCAUGGAUGAAGCAUAUGACUAUGCACCCAGUACUGAGCCCUGGCAGGACCGAGAGAUGUCGGAGUCCAGGGACGAACAAAUGGAUCGAUUUAUUCCCAACCGAGAGCCGGAGUUGGAGAGCCGAUUUGCGUUGCUCUCCGAGAGUUCAGGUCAACCCGCGGCUGAACAGAACGAGAACAGCGCCUACACGCAGCUUUUAAGAUCCGAGAUGCUGGGGAUCCGCGAAGAGAAAGGUGAGAAAGGCUUCAAAACACCUGACAGCAAGAGUCUCUUCAGAUACAAGAGCAGUCCGCAGACAAAUCAGGAGGAUGCCUUCAGCUUGUCCCCCGUGUCGUUCCAGAGCUGCACUCCCAAUGAGCCGCGGAAGGCACCACGGAAGAUCAACAAGGCGCCCUUCAAGGUGUUGGAUGCGCCACAGUUGCAGGAUGACUUCUACCUGAAUCUGGUGGAUUGGUCUCCAGGCAAUGUCGUCUCGGUGGGUCUGGGCAACUGCGUCUACCUUUGGAGCGCCGCCACGUCGCGCGUCACGAAGCUCUGCGACCUGGGCCCCGAGGACAGCGUCACGGCGGUGAGCUGGACACAGCGGGGCGCGCAUCUGGCAGUGGGCACCAACAAGGGCGAGGUGCAGAUCUGGGACAGUAGUCAGUGUCGGAAGUUGCGCACCAUGACGGGACACCUGGGCCGCGUGGGCACCAUGGCCUGGAAUGGAUAUGUCCUGUCCACCGGAAGCAGAGAUCAUCAUAUCUUGCACCGGGACGUGCGGCAGCCCGCACCUUUCAUGAGUAAGCUCCACGGCCACCGGCAAGAAGUCUGUGGUUUGAAGUGGUCCUUCGAUGAACAGCAGCUGGCUUCAGGUGGCAACGACAACAAGCUCUGCAUUUGGUCGUUGAAGUCCACUGAGCCUGUGCUGAAGUUCACUCAACACCAAGCCGCUGUGAAGGCAAUUGCAUGGUCGCCCCAUCAGCAUGGCUUGUUGGCAUCCGGAGGUGGCACUGCUGACAGGCAUAUCCGCUUUUGGAACACCGUGAACAACAUGCAUCUCUCGUCCAUCGACACGGGGUCGCAGGUCUGUAAUCUGGUCUGGUCCAAAAAUCUCAACGAAAUCGUGAGUACACAUGGAUAUUCGCUCAAUCAGAUCAUCCUCUGGAAGUACCCGUCCAUGACGAAGGUGGCCACGCUGACGGGUCACACCUACCGGGUGCUCUACCUGGCCAUCUCCCCCGAUGGACAGACCGUGGUCACUGGCGCGGGGGAUGAGACGCUCCGUUUUUGGAACGUCUUUCCCAGUGCCAAGAGUCGUUCCAGCUCGGGGCUCUCCUCGUCUCUGCCGUUGGGACGGACCAUCCGAUGACCCGGAG